AUGUCCGAACAAACACCCUCCAGUCCGGCCAUCCUCCGUCCUCAACGUUCACUUACGGGCCGCGUCGCCAUCGUCACGGGCGCCGGCGCUGCAGGCGAUGGUAUUGGCAAUGGCCGCGCAGCCGCCAUUCUGCUGGCCGAAGACGGAUGCACCGUGGUCUGUGUUGACCUUCAACUCCCCCUAGCGGACCACACCGUCCAGAUGAUCGCACGCGAAGGCAAGGGCCUGGGAAUCGCCGUUCAGGCCGAUGUUACCGUUGUGGCCGACUGCCAGAGAGUGGUGCAAACAGCGAUCGACCAAUUUGGCCGCGUGGACAUCCUCUUCAAUUGUGUCGGCGUCGGCGGGGCGACCGGGACGGCCGAGACAGUCGAUAUGGAGGCUUGGGCACAGGGGUUACAUCUGAACGUCUCCAGCAUGGUGAUGAUGGUCAAGUACGUGGUGCCCGAGAUGCGCAAGAACGACGCCGCGAUCGGGUAUCGAGGAAGUAUUGUGAACAUGGGCAGCGUGGCCGGCCUCCAGGGUGGUACGCCUCGUUUGCUCUAUCCUACGAGCAAAGGGGCCAUCGUCAACAUGACCAGGGCCAUGGCGGCGCAUCAUGCAAGAGACGGGAUCCGCGUGAACUGCGUGUGUCCCGGCAUGGUGUAUACGCCCAUGAUGUAUGCCAAGGGCAUGAGUGAGGAAGCCCGACAGGCGCGCAGGAAUCGCAGUCUGCUCAAAACCGAAGGCAACGGAUGGGAUAUCGGCGCCGCCGUGCGCUUCCUGGCCGGGGAUCAGGCUCGAUGGAUGACGGGUGUUGUCCUGCCUGUGGAUGGAGGAACUACGGCGGCCGUUGGGACGGACCUUCCAGCGUCUGCGAGCGUGAAUGGAUGA